AUGUCCACGAUUCUUUGCCCCGGAACUAGUGGACUUCAUUACUCAGGUGUCGCAAUCGCACCCUCUCCGAUUUCGAGGCUGCCGGCAGAGGUUCUUCGAGAGAUCUUUAGGUUAUCGAUACUUGAAGACGACAUACAAUUUAACACUCCUCGAUGUGCGAUUCUCUCGCACGUAAACCGCCUCUGGAGGACGGUGGCGUUGUUUGACCCCUCCUUGUGGACAUUUAUCACAACCGAUUGUGGCCGCUGGAUAGAAGCACAUAUAAAACGAUCAGGAAAUCGUCCACUUUCAGUUCGAAUGGACAUCGAGGUCCUCACAGAAGCUACCUUAGAAAACAUCGACCAGGUAUUUUCGCAGGCCUCUAGGCUUCAGAAAAUUGACAUCUACCACGCAAUCCGAAGCGAGACCUCUGGAGGGCUGGAGCCAAAAGAAAGGGACAAACUGUGCGCCAGAUUCUUCGCUAGCCUACAACGAUGCUUCCUCCUCCCGAUGCCCAUGCUCCAGACCUUCGACCUGCUCGCCAGCGAGCUUUCUGGAAGAUUGAUUACACUUGGAGAAACACCUAACAUUCAGUCUAUGAAAAUAGCCGGCGCUGGCCUAUCCUCGUCGCCUUCACUGGGGCAACUGGUCUCUUUGGAAAUUCGGCUGUACGUCCGCCUACCUUUGGACAAAUUUGCAGCGGUGCUUGCUACAAUGAAGAAUUUGUCGGACUUACGUAUCAUGUAUCCCAACAUCUGCGAACACACCGUCUUCCCCGCUAGCCCUCGCGCAAUCACCCUCCCUAGGCUAAAGAUCUUCAGAUUUGUAGGCUGCGCUCUUGGAUACGCGAUUCUGAAAUACUUCACCAUCGAUUCUCCGGUCUUGGAUUGCCUCGAACUGGGCGUCAUGGAAGAGGACUCUACAAGCUGCGCCGAACCUUGCGAUCCGUCAGAGAUUCUUCCAAAUUUCCUGGCGAUGAUCCAGUUCUUUCCUUCCUCUUGUUUUGAGAGACAAAGCCUUACAAUACACUCCACCACUGCCGGUCUUUUCACCCUCUCUUUGGCCUGCCGACCGCAGGACGCGAAAAUACGAAAGAUGGUAUACCAGGCAUACUAUGUGGAUAUUGCUGGCCUCUACAAACUACUCCCAAUCGGUGGUAUACGUUGCCUCACUCUUAAAGAGGAGGACGACUGCGAAGAGAGCGAUGACGAAGAUACGAAUCAUAUAUGUGUUUUCGAUCUUCUCGAUGGCCUCGACUCACUAGAAGAAAUACGACUUUUCGAUCCGAAACAUUUGCAUGCCCUAUCAGUCUUGCUCGACAAGCACCCAAAAAUAUUACCCUCCCUCAAAAACCUCGUUCUAAGAUUUCGCCAAUGCGAGGAGCACUUCACAUGGCUUCAGCAAAUUAUGACGAGGAGGCCUUUGAGGCGGCUGACUCUGCUUGACUCAGAUAUUUCGUGGACUAAAGUUACAUUGAUGCACCAUCAACACCGCGAAAUGGAAAUCCGCAUAUGGCCCCCGAUGAAUAGCAGCCUCUACGCUCACGAAGUGCUCAGUAAUGGUCAGACCCAGACUUAUUAUGACUCGCCUACAAACAUGCUCCCAAUUCAGUUUAUUUUGGGACAUGCUUAUGACGAACCAGUAUCACGUCUUCUCAACGAAUCGCAGGAUUAG